AGCAAAGGAUAACGAAGUACUUGCAAAAUUGAUAUAAUGAUACAAUGGGUAGUGCAUCAAGUUUUACCCAAUGACGGAAAGUAAGAGCCCGGUUAGACGGUUCGUCCGAAGCACUAUCAGUGUAAUCAUAAAUACAUUCAGUGCAUGCAUUCCACCGCCUCGCAGACGACGGCGACCCUCAUCCGAUGAUGGCUCUGAUCAUGAGGUUAACAUUGAUCUAUUGCAGGACAUUGAAUCAUCGGUUGUUAAUCCGGGUCAGCUUAGAGCUCUAUGGGACCAUUUGCCACUUUCAUGCCAAGCACGAAAUCCAAAGAUGGUGUACAACAGCCAAAGAGAUGGCACGUCGCUGCAGACUUUCUUCAACAAGGUUGAGGGACAUGAGCACACCCUUGUUCUCAUCCGAUCGAAACGAGAUGAGGCUUUCGGGGCAUUCUGUUCUGGUGAUUGGGAACAACGUAAAUCAGCUCGCGGAAGGUCGUUCGGUAAAGGGGAAACGUUCGUCUUCAAAUUCGGUCAGGAUGACACGAAUGAAGACGAACUACGUGUGUUUCACUGGGUCGGACUUGGACUACCCAAUCGAAAAGCUAAAGGAGAUAUCUUUCUAUCGAUUAUUCGUAAUAUGGUGGCCAUCGGUGGAAAUGCAUUAGUAUUUGGUGGCGAGAACGGAACUACCGAGAAAUCACGAACAUUUAACAAUGAGCCAUUGACGGAAAACGGCGAAUUUGAAAUCGCAGUUCUUGAGGUAAUCGUUUUUCCCCCCGAAGGAUAUUUCGAGUGGUCUGCAACAGCGACACCGAUUUCCACGAUUAUUGAGAAGGGCGUAGCAAACCGGAGAAUUUCCUAUAGACACUGGGGUCCAAACUUUUGAUAGCUGUAAUUAUGUACACUUUUGGAGAAGAUAUGUGAAAGCUUGGCGUACGCCUUUGAAAAGUGGUUCACAGAGACGUCACUUCGUGUGCUUUCAAAGACGGUGGAAAUCCUACUUCGCAAUAAGACAACCUCUCGGUAAAGGUUGUAAUGUGUCAGUUGCUCGGUUUCGGCUAGAAUCAGCAGAGGGCGUAGUCGCCUUUGCAACAUGGCGAUUCAUCUACGUUCAUCGCUGUCUUUCGUGUCUCUCAGGAGAAAUUUCGGGUGUACGGGUUGUAGCACCUUAAUUGGCUGUAUUAUUGUCACAGGCAUUUGUGACUAUUUGAGACAUACAUAUUAUUAUUUGUUAAUUAAAGUGGCCUCAAUGUAGUCGGGAGUAUUAUGGACGCCGACGCGUAAGCUACGGCUGAGAAGGACAAUAAAUUUAUUCGAUGUCCAUUCCAUCAAAACGUCGU